UUAGGCAGCCAGAAUCGGGUUGAGCGAAGGUUGUCGGUCUUAAGCUCUUUUGAGAUUAAAUGUUAGGACAUCUACCUAGCCUAGAUUCUGAGGGGUUCAGGAGACAACAGACCUCAUGCAGACCGACAUACUGAGAGAUGUGGGCUUAGCACUUGUUCGUAGAUUUACCGAUGAGCUGAAAGGAGACACGACGCUCGAGCGUGCCACCAUGAGUGCACAGCAACACCAGGAUGUCGCAGAGAGUGAUCUACGGAGGAAGCGCAUGCAAGCGUUGUAUCAGGAUCCCAACAGAGAUCCUAGCGACUUCAGAUCUCAUGAGGUGGAGACCGCCAGGUUGGCGUUGCAGGCAGUGUGCGUACAACUUGAAAAAGAAGAGAAAAGGCCUUCGACAUUGCAGAAGAUGGGCUUUAAACGUGCCAAACCGAAAGCCGCUGCAAACGAAGCACUAUUGACUGCUAGCGCAUACGACUUCAACAGCUUACAGACAGUAGUCGAAGACUCCGAGUCGCAUUGGAAAGCCGGUCAAAAGCAUAUCGGCCACCGUUUUCGGAAUCUUUGCAAUAAGCUCGACGAGCACAAGGCCGCGUUCGCCAUAUUUCCCUCUCAGAAUCUGUACACUUCCGCGUUGUGUGGAAGCCUCGCCAUGAUCGUUGGCGCUGCUGCCAACUACAGCGAUAUUGCCGAACGACUCUCUGAGAUGGUAGCCGAUAUUACGGAUAAAGCGACGCGUGCAGCCCACGCUGUACUGAUCUUUCCGACUCAUGACUUUCGGGACUUAUUCUCUAGACUCUACGCUCAGGUCUUUCUCUUUUAUCGCGACGCAAUUCAGUGGUAUGCCAAAUCCAAAUUCGAGAGAGCACUCGAAAGCUUCAACGAGAGCCUAGUGAAGCCGUACGAAACAGCUGCAGCGAGAAUUGAAAGCCUCUUAAUCGAAAUAUAUCGUCAGGGGGACUUAGCAUUCUGGGCGAAGGAUUUCCUAUUCAAGGAAGACAUAGAAAACCAGAUCCGGCGCCAGAGAGAGCAAGUCCAAGACAGGGACAGCUUACUGUCUGCUGGGCGGCAAGGGAAGCGACUGCUUUUACUCAAUUUCGAGCAUGCAAGCUUCGACACACCCUCUCAAAGUGCGGAUGAAGAACAGCUUUUGUUGACAACAGACAAACAGGCACGCGUUCCCAUCGUUCUAGAGAACUUAAGUCGUGAGAGUAUGAGGGCAUUAAGCGCACAACUUACACCGUUUAUAUUCGGUACCGAAGGGCCUUCGCUGUUCAACGAUGGUCAGGUCUGGCUGCCAGAAGUCGAUAUUGCCUCCAAACUCAGCAAGUGGAUGAGCCCUGACACGCAAUCAUCUGUACUCUGGAUAUCCAGUCCUGCAACAUCGCGCGAUUAUCCUAGCUCACGAGCUGCAGCAAUGAUAAUGGCUGCAACAGCGUGGAAGUCGAACAUGUCGAUCGUCUCACAUUUCUGCUCAAGACCAGGUUAUGGUUGUGUUCCCGACGGGCAGAUGAUUGAACAAGUCGGCAUGUUGGGACUUGUGUAUAGCCUUGUCGUCCAGCUCCUCCAAUUUCACGUCGAAAGAGAUGCCUUUUCUUUCUCGAGAGACAAGUUCGAGAAGCUAGAUGGAUCGGACGAAUCAUGGCCAGGCGCUCUACUCCUACUGCAAGACCUGCUCCGAGCGACUCCGCAGCUGCAAGGGUGUAUUGUCGAUGGACUGAACGACCUAUCCUUUUCUAGCGGUGCUGAGUGGUGCGGCGCUUUCCUGAAUAUGCUUUUGGAGCAUCAAAGAACGUAUUCGCCUGGUUUCAAACUGUUGCUCGCAACGACAGGGCAAUCAAGAGUUCUGCCGGAUUAUGUGCAGGUCAAGGAUCGGGUAUUUGCCCAGAGAGGCGCGAAAGAGGUGAUCCGUGGCGGAAGGUGGCUCAACGAAAUCACCAGGUGAUAUACGUCCCGGUAGUACUUGCCAAAGAUGUUUGACUAUCAUCGCAAGUACGGAACGACGUAAUCAGCAAUGAUUGGUGAUGCAAGUGACUGAGCGCGACCAACGUGUUGGAAGGGCUGUGUCAAUAAGACGCGUCAACGGAGCUCAAUGCGCGUUGAC